UUGGUUUUGCUCAGCAUUCGAGAAGGAACCCUCUCGACCUUACAAAGGCUGGUCGCGUUCCACUGUAGGAUUUAGCAUUUAAUGUAAAGAUAUGAACAUGAGGGUCAGUUUGUGUGGAACUGAAAAGUGGUAUAAAGCUUGCACGGUGGAUUUUCAGUCUAAAUGGCUCCAGCCAACUGCCCAGAGACUACUUCUACCCGGAACAAUUUAUUGGAAUUAGAAUUUUUUGUCUAAAAGCCUCUGCCAAGAAAUCAUGAAUAUGUCAGAGCACUUGGAAGACUUUGGGAUGGGCCCACUGUUGCCACUCAACAUUGUGUUUUAAAAUAAAGCUGUUGGAGCUCAAGCUGAAAUGGCAGGUUAUUUGCGGGCCACAGACCAGAAAACAAAACUCGUUAAGACUGGCAUAGUGAGUAUGGUAUACACACAAUCGGAGAUUCUUCAGAAAGAAGUGUACCUCUUUGAACGCAUUGAUUCUCAAAAUCGAGAGAUCAUGAAACACCUGAAGGCAAUUUGUUUUCUUCGACCUACAAAGGAGAAUGUGGAUUAUAUGAUUCAGGAGCUUCGAAGACCCAAAUACAGUAUAUAUUUCAUUUAUUUCAGUAAUGUGAUCAGCAAGAGUGAUGUGAAGUCAUUGGCUGAAGCUGAUGAACAGGAAGUCGUGGCUGAGGUUCAGGAAUUUUACGGUGAUUACAUUGCUGUGAACCCACAUUUAUUUUCCCUCAAUAUUUUGGGUUGCUGCCAGGGUCGAAAUUGGGAUCCAGCCCAGCUAUCAAGAACAACUCAAGGGCUUACAGCUCUCCUUUUAUCUCUGAAGAAGUGUCCCAUGAUUCGUUAUCAGCUCUCAUCAGAGGCAGCAAAGAGACUUGCGGAGUGCGUUAAGCAAGUGAUAACUAAAGAAUACGAACUGUUUGAAUUCCGUCGGACAGAGGUUCCUCCAUUGCUACUUAUUUUAGAUCGCUGUGAUGAUGCCAUCACCCCAUUGCUAAACCAGUGGACAUAUCAGGCCAUGGUCCAUGAACUGCUAGGCAUAAACAACAAUCGGAUUGAUCUUUCCAGAGUGCCGGGGAUCAGUAAAGACUUAAGAGAAGUUGUCCUAUCUGCUGAAAAUGAUGAGUUCUAUGCUAAUAAUAUGUACCUGAAUUUUGCUGAGAUUGGUAGCAAUAUAAAGAAUCUCAUGGAAGACUUUCAGAAGAAGAAACCGAAAGAACAGCAAAAACUAGAAUCAAUAGCAGACAUGAAGGCCUUUGUUGAGAAUUAUCCACAGUUCAAGAAAAUGUCUGGGACUGUUUCAAAGCAUGUGACAGUGGUUGGAGAACUGUCUCGAUUGGUCAGUGAGCGGAAUCUGCUGGAGGUUUCAGAGGUUGAGCAAGAACUGGCCUGUCAAAAUGACCAUUCUAGUGCUCUCCAGAAUGUAAAAAGGCUUCUUCAGAACCCGAAAGUGACAGAGUUUGAUGCUGCCCGCCUGGUGAUGCUUUACGCUUUACAUUAUGAGCGACACAGCAGCAAUAGCCUGCCAGGACUAAUGAUGGACCUCAGGAAUAAAGGUGUUUCUGAGAAGUAUCGAAAGCUCGUGUCUGCAGUUGUUGAAUAUGGUGGUAAAAGAGUCAGAGGAAGUGACCUCUUCAGCCCCAAAGAUGCUGUGGCUAUCACCAAACAGUUCCUCAAAGGACUGAAGGGAGUAGAAAAUGUAUAUACACAGCAUCAACCUUUCCUACAUGAAACCCUGGAUCAUCUCAUCAAAGGAAAGCUUAAGGAAAACCUAUAUCCUUAUCUGGGCCCCAGCACGCUCAGAGACAGACCUCAGGAUAUCAUUGUGUUUGUAAUUGGAGGAGCCACCUAUGAAGAGGCUCUAACAGUUUAUAACCUGAACCGCACCACUCCUGGAGUGAGGAUUGUCCUGGGAGGCACCACAGUGCACAACACGAAAAGUUUCCUAGAGGAAGUUCUGGCUUCUGGACUGCACAGCCGAAGCAAGGAGAGCUCUCAAGCCACAUCAAGGUCAGCAAGCAGAAGAUGAAACGGUGAUGCGGGGAAUGGCACAGCUUCCGCCCUUGCCCCCUACAGGCUCUCCCCACUAACUAGAGGUGUGAGAGAGCAGCUUUGGGUUCUGUGCUGGUUGUUAGAACUCACCUCCGGGUAGCCCGCAGAUUCCUGGUUGGUACAGACACCAAGACUCUCAGAGUUGAGCCAACAAUAAGUCUGAGCCCAACUCAACCCUGUUUUCUCCUGUAGUCUUUGUGUAUCUGUUAGCACAAUCACUUCAGUUACUGAUGAAUUCUAUCGGGAUCUGACUUGGGAAAAGGGUUAUCAGAGCCUAGAGGGGCUUAAAAAGUAAUGAUUUGAUGUACAUACCACAUUUCUCGACUUCCUUUCUCUUCCCUUGACCCUUUCUGCUUUUCAUUAACCACAUUCCUGUACAACUUAUUUCUGAAAACCUCCCAUGUUUCUUUACAGAGGCAUCCAAAAAUUGUUUGUCCCUGCAUAACAAUUCUCUGUUACACUGAGAAACCACGUACAACCACAAUAAAAGUCCAUUUUGUGAAAA